AUGGAAAGCGCCAUUGCACAAGCAGAAGAAAAAGCAGCAGAGGAGCGUGCAGCAAGAAUAACAAGAGCAAGAUCAAACGCAAUGGGCCAAGCUCCAGGCCCACCUUUAGCAACUCCUUUUCGUAACAUCAGUAAACCACCUCCUCCACCCACACUGGCUCCAGAAUUAGCUCCCUGCAGCAAGGACGGAUACAACCUGGAAAACUCUCCUGAUCCAAACCCGGAUUGUCUGAUACAACCAAACAAGGAUGUGGAGAAAGAAUCCUGGGUCCCACUCCCGGGCAUAGGGAAGAAUCAAGAACCUAGAUCAGAAACGGUGUCCUCACACCCAGAAAAUGCUGAAGACGUACAAGAUGGAAUAAUAGACCCCCUCUCGACCUCAAUGAACACCAAGAUGCCAUACGCACAGUGA